UACGGUAAUGUUGACUUUAGGUGUCAUCUCGACUUAGGGAAAAGAUUUAGGAGUGAAACGGCGUCUUCCUUUGUCAGAAAUACACGAUAAUGCUCGGGCUAAUUCGCAGACUUCCCUGUCUCAUACAUGAUGGUAUCGAGAAAUGAUCUACUACAGGACCAUUCUGUGUAAAUGAAUUAAAAUGUCCCAGCAGUUUUCCAGCAAAAUUCAGGCUCUAUGGGAAAAAUUUCUUCAGGCUGAAUGUGCUUCAUAUGAGAGAUCCACUUGGUUUGAUGGGUUCUUGACUCAGUUCUUAGUGGAAUUCAAAGAUGGUAGUACCAUUCAUGAUAUUCUUCCAUUCACACCUCUGGCUGGCGUGGCCACCCUCAUUGGGUGUGAGUUACUCUCAGACGUUCAUCAGAUAUGCUCCCAGCCUGGUGAUGGGGAAGAUUUGGCACCCUUGAGGCGCCACUUUCUUCUUGGUAGGGGAUGGCGAACUCUAGCUGUACUUCACUGCUUGGGAGUUCAGGAUGUCAGUUGUGGAACAGAAUUGGCGACUUUGUUAAUAUCUCUCUACCCUGUGUGCCUCCAACCACAAUCACAUAGCCGGAAAGUAAGCACCUCCACUGUUGGUUCCAAAUCCCAUUCGUGUGAUGAGAGCUCUGCACAGCAAGGUCAGAGGAACCCGUACGUAGCACUGUCCGGUUGUUGGCACAAAGGGGGAUGUGGUGAGAGCAGUGGCAAUAGCUCACCAGGUGCUUGCAGUAGUCAUGGGCAUCGUGGCUACUCUUUACCAGGAUUACUCAAAAUUUCUCCAAGUGAUGGAAUACAUUACCGCAAGUGGUCUACUUCCUCACGUCCUGGCUCUAUUGGCACAGUGGCCCCCCAGCAGAGUCGGAGUGAUCAAAUGAAAAGUCACAGCAGCUCAUCCCUAAGCAAACAGAAAAGACGAUCUCGAAAUUGUGACGCUGAAAGUCCUCGCAUGGGAGGAAGUGCAGUUCACACUGUCACCAGUGAAUCGGAAGCCCCGCAAGAUGCGUCUGAAGUACUUUUGAACAAGUCAAAUACAUUAAAAAUUCGAUUGGAUCCCAUGGACUUUGACUAUUUUGAGUCGGUCAUCAGAAGUGAUGAUGAAUCUAAUGGUGAUCAACCUCGCUGGAGAUAUUCGAUGAAACGUGCCACUAGCAAGUUAACCGCCGAAGACUUAACUGAUGAUCGUAUGCGAGAAGUUCGUACCCAAACUAUAAAUAGUGCUGAAUUCAGUCUUUUGGUAGUGCACUUGCUUGAAGAAUUGUGCCGAGCAGAAUUGUUGAUUUCAACCCAACAAGUUUCUUUGCAAUCAGUAAAUUUUGCAUUAGAAAAUUUGUGCUCUCUACAAUUUGGAUCCACUCCUUUGGAUUCCCUUCUAGCAGAGGAGGUGAUAGAGUUGAAAUUGGCAAUGACCCAGUUGCUACUUACAGCACUUGAUAAAGUCCUUGUACAAUCUGAAAUAAUAAACCAACUCAUCAAUGCUGGUGUGUUACCAGUAAUGCUGAGAGUUUUAGAGGAUGCUGUACGAAAGGCUGAGUCCUUCUCCAAAGUUGACUCAAAUUCUCCCAAAUUGAAUCAAAACCAAACUAAAGCUUCACUUUCAGCUAGCUCAAAGUCUAGCUCUAAAUCUGUGGAGUCUGAUGUUCUUGAUGAAAUUUGUGGGCUUCAAGAGUUUGUGAUGGGUAUACUUUAUGGUGCUGUUACCUUUCUUCACUGUUUACUUCUUCACCGAUCUAGCACAGAAAGGAUUCAUGAGUUUGAAGAACAAUUCCGCCUGUUUGCUAGUAGCUAUGGUGGACGGCUGGUUGAGAAAACAGUUAUGGCACUUGUUAAUUGUGGACCUCAGGUUACCAAAAACUCUGUCAAUCGAGGUCGCAAGGUCGUAUAUUUGGUUGUGCAACUUAUAUUGAGUCUGAAGCAAGCAAGAAGUACAAUUGUUCACUCCUUGCAAUGUAGAAAAACUCGUCACAAACAUUGUAAAUCUGUUGAUGCACGCCGCCAUCACCACAAUGAUCUUUUUGGAAACCCAUUUGGAAGUGUUAGUGCAAGGAAUGUUGGAGUGGGCCAUCAUAGUAGUAGCUGCAAUGUAUCAUAUUUGUUUGCAGCUUUAGUCCGUAUCUUAAACUCAAACAGUCAUCUUUCUGAAUUUUGUGUACCUGUAAUGAGGGUAAUGCUGGAUUGUGGCACAUGUUGCUGUUACCCUGCCAAAUCAUUGCUGAGCUGUCUGAUAAAAAUUCUGAAAACUGGCAAUGCCAAAGCAAGAGCCCUUGGAUUUACUCUUUUGGAGCAUACUGUUUUUACAGAACUGGGUGCCACCGAAACUCCUUGUGCCAAACCAUUAAAAGAAUAUUUUCGCUGCUCAGUGUGCAAUAGAAGUGUGGAAUCACUUUCAGCUCAACCUUCGCCUCUCGAUGACAGCCAAGAUGAUUUGCUGAGAGCAGAGGAUCCACCCGGAAAAGACUUGUCAAAGGAUUCUGAAAAAAUGUCUUCCCUCUCAGUCUCCAGUGGCAGAUCAGAAAGCUCGGAGUCAAAGCAGUAUAAUUGGAGUUGUCUGGAUUUCUAUCGUGAGCUUCUCUGCUCUGAUGACCCUAAACUGUGCCAUACCGCAGCAUCCCACUUGUUGAAACUAUCACCCAGAUGCAGUGAGAAAGUUCAGAUUGCACUUUUAUCAAAUGUGUUUUAUCCAAGUUUUGUCCAAGCCAAAAGGGCAUACAUUGCUCAUCAGAAGGAUGUUUCCAAGUUCAUAGUAUUAUCCUGUCUUUCUGCAUUUUCUUGCCUUAUGUCAUCCUUGCCGCUUGCCGAGACAUUCCUAACACUUGGAGGGCUUGAACAUUUGUUGGAUUUGAUGGUAAUGCCGCCGUUUUUGAGAGUUUGCUGCUCUGUUUUGGAAGUAGUGAUCGUUGUGGAUAUCCUGGAGGCAGAAAAGUCAUCACAGAGUUCAAAACUCGGUAGAAAUGAAAUGAAGCAGGCUUUCCCCCUCCCAGCUAUGUUGUUACCCUCUCAGAGAUUGAGUCAGAUGACUUCUCUAGCAAAGCUUAUUGAGUGCCUAGAGAUGCAUUCCAAUGACCUUUUAGAUAAAAUGGAAAAUGAAGAGGAAGGCUUGGAUGAUUAUCUGAACACUAACAGUGCCAAUCGGAGGGCACACCUGAAGCUGCUGCAUCAUGUUAUUUUGUUUUGGCAGACUGUAGCCAAUCUUUCCCUCUGUAGCCCCCAACUUCGUCCAUUUUUUGCAUGCCAUUCUAUUAGCAGUCUUGGCUUUGUACUCUUAAGAGCAACCCUGCUCAAGUUAAUUAACAGCUCUAACUGGAAACGGCUGACAUCCAACAGAGACACUGAGAGUUUCCUAUACAUGCGCUUGAUAGAGUCAGUGCUUGUAUUUCAUCUCACAUCUCCACCUGUUAAUGACCAAACUGGUUUGCCAACUUCUCGUGAAAAAUUAAUUGACAAUUUGAAAAGUACAUUGUGCAAUGUGGAAGUUCUAUCCCUGUCUGAAAGAAGUCCGAGUAAUGCUGGUAGCUUACGCCGUCUUUGUGAUGUGCUUAUUCGUUGUGCUCUGGCCGAAGCUAGCACUGAACAGGUCUUGCCAGCACUCAGAAAAGCAAAGCUACCAAUACUUAUGGUGCCAGACAUAUUCCCUGAAGAAGUUGAUGAAAUGGGAGACACAAAUGAUGAAGAAAGCUUAGAAGUUCAAGUAUCAGCAGAUAAUAAUCAAAGUUUAAAGGCAGAUCAUGCAGGUGUGAGUGAUGAAGGCAGUUCAAUUGAAGAUCCGUAUGUGACUGCUGAUGAGGGUUAUGAAGCUGAUAUUGAAGUGUUGGAAAACAAAACAAAUGGAAUGUCUGUUACAUAUGACUCUAGCACAUCAGGGAGCUUGGGAAUUCAUCAGAAUUAUACUGGAUUGGGAGAGGCAGGCAAAUCUAAUUCUGUCUCAGACAAAAAGUUUAUGAAUGUCAUUUCAUAUCCCAGGUUGUGCUCUGUUUCAAUUAACCUGCUGGUAUAUCUGUAUCAAGAGUUGCAGAAUCUUUACUCUGAGGAGCCAAUAGAGUCUGAGGAGCUGGUUGAAUCGACCUCACAAACUGAGCAAGAUGUUUCUGAGUCUAUCAAUGCUGGCAACAAUAGAAGGCAGAUUUUAAGAGACAGAUUAAAAGAGAAAAGACCAACUUUAAAAUCUCAACUUUUAUCUGAUAUGGUUCAUGUAGUUCAGAGAAUAGUUGCUCUGUGCCGGGAAAGUGGAAAAAAUUGCAUGGUCCUUUCACGAGAGGGUGUGAUAGAUAUUCUUCUGACAGGAUUUUCAACUUUCUUACUCUCUGUUAAUUCUGAACUUGCGGAGCUACAGUCUGUGGUACUGGAGCUUGUAGCCCUCCUGGCACAGCAUAGUAUCACUUCCUUGGAACUUUCCAAGUACCUGCAUUUUUUCAAAGGCGAGAACCCACCACUGGAGUCCUUGCUUCAGCCCCUAACAACUUUAGUCACAAAUGCUAGACCACAGCCAAACUUUAUUUUAUGCUUUCCUGUGAUGGCUAGUCCAUUUAUAGGGCUGUCUGGAUCUGAUGCAGAACUUGGUAACAAAUCAGUAUCAGAAUCACCCCAGAGGAAGAUAAGUGGGUUAUUGAGCCUAGCCGCCAAUAUUGGUGUUGGCAGCAAUGGUCGAAACAGUUCAAAUCCAGAGGUCUCCAAGAGUUCUAGUGAAACAUCACGGUCUCAAAAUGCCGCUAUUAACAUGGCUCAGAGUAUUCGAUGCCUACAUCUAGCUUCAAAAACACCUUCAGCCUGGUCAGAAUGUGCUCUGGCUCUUCCAAUCGACACUGAUUUAGGCUGGUGUGCAUGGUUGAGUGGUUUCUCCAUUUCUUUGUGGUUGAGACUGGAACGAAGUGCUGCUCCUGAGAGCACUGUGCCUCAAGUUGAUCAUCCAGCUGGCCUUCACCGUAACUACAGUGGUCAUCUGUCGGACAGUCUUUCAGACUCUUGGUCAGAAUGGGGUGUAGUUUCAAGUGCCAGUUGGUUAAAAGAAGGGAUAAGAUCAUCAAAUAAUUCUGAGCUAAGAGGCCACCUUCAUGUUUUGUCCAUUGGUACUGACAAUCUUAUGCUUGAAGUGUGGGCCGAUGUCAGUUCUGAUCGUUUGCAUCUGAAAUUGCGACGAAGUGAUGCGAAAACAAAUGACAUUCUAGCUGAAAGUGUCACAGAAAGCAUUCUCCCUCCAGGACAGUGGCAUCAUCUUGCUUUUAAUGUCCAUGAUUACAUUCUCCGUAAAAAGAGUGUCAUAGAGGUUACUAUAAUCAUCAAUGGACUUCGAGAAAUAAAGUGCCCACUUCAAUUCAAUGGCAUUGUUCUCCGUAAACCUAAGCCCACCUGCCUUCUUGUGGGUCAUUCAGUUCAAUUCACAAAUGGUUUGGCAAACACUACUCCAUUGAAUCUUUCACAUGGCCAUGGUUCAUGGUACUUAGGAAAUCUGCAGCUGUUCAGAUGCCCAGUAUUCAAUAGGGAGCGUGCUGUCUAUCUAGUUGGUCUGGGCCCAAGCCAUACUAGCUUGACUGACUGUAAAGUAGGCAGAGACAGUCCAAAUUUCACAAAUAUAUUUGGAGCUAAAAUAUUAAAUUCUGGUGUUGCCUGGGAUGCAGUCCUUGACAACGGUGUUGUCAACUUAAAAGAGCUCCAAGAUAAUCUACUUAUCUCAUACUCGGCUCAGAACCCUCUUACAAUGAAUGUGUACCCGCAAAUAGUAGGUAGCUCAGGAGCAGGCAUGGGAUCACUUUUCCCUGGACAGCCUGGUUUUAGAGUUGUAACUCCUGACCAACGAGCAAGUCAGCAACUGCCCUUGGCCAUAAAACCAAUACAGUAUGGUCCUUUGAACACACAGCAGUACAGAGGCCUCAUUUCUGCUGUGUCUACUCUUGGUGGUGCUCAUGUAUUUUUGUUCCUUUUUGCCAGGGUAGUGGAGUUGAAGGCAAAUGAAGUUGAGCAGGGUAAAGCCCUGUUCUUAUUGCUAAAACUAGUACAAAGUGAUACAUCACUUUUCUCCCAGUUUGUGCAAGAAGAUUGCCACAAACUACUUUUGAAAGUUCUUGCAUCCCAGCGAUGCAUACCAGGGCAUCACAUGUUAAAAGCUGUAUUAGAUGCCUGCUGUGACAAGCCAGUGCUUCAACAUCAACCUGGACCUCAGUGCCUGUUCCGAGUUGUGCACCAAUCCGAAGCAAUUGUUGUGAACUCCUUCCUGCUUUCCACCAUUGUCGGCUCGUGGCGUGACUGGGAGCGAGUUGGCGUUGCGGGAGAGGAAGGUGGGGUGUUGGGGACACUCUUCCGUGCCCUGCAUGUCCUCCUGCGAGAUGACCACCCCUUCCGAGAAUUCAAUGCAUCCCAGUUCAAUAGAGUCAGACUGGUUGAGGCUUUACUCCUCUUUUGUAAAGAGAGGUUCCUUUAUGAAGAAUGGCAGCCUCUUCAUCCGUCUGUUUGUUGCUCACUUGUGGAACUAGUAAGGUCACUCAUGGGAGCCCCACCAGAAUUUUCUCAUGUUGUGGCUGUCGCUGAUUGCCUACUCUUGCUGCAUCCUGCGAGUGCCACUUACAUUACCCAUGUACGACCUAGCUACUACUUUCUGUUGUCUCCAUCACCGCCAUCAGCUUCACCUCAACUGCAGCCUCGUAGUAAGAUUCGCUCAGGUUUAUUUGAACAUGGAGGGAAAGAAAAAAAGAAUCAAACCUUAAACAAGAAGAAAGCUCUGUCGGUGGUAAAAAGAGAACAUGCUGGAGGGUUUGGUCAGCCAGUGGACCCAUCUAAACUCAACAAAGCAUUAACAAAUCUUCAGAUUGCAAAUUUGCAGAUCAAAAGAAACACUGAUGAAGUACAAAAUGGGAGAAAUAGCUACAUGAGUUCAUCGACAAAUCAAAAUCUGGAUGUGAUUGACAGUAACAAAGUUGAAGAAGGCAGUGAAGCUAAUGCAUCUGAUUUUGAUGCCGAUCUAGUUGAAGGCUGCGAUGAAUUAACUGCAUUUGAUUCGGGCAUUGCGGGCAGCUUCCGCGACCAAGCAGGGAGUAGUGAUGCCGAUGUCAGAGAGAGUCAUUCUGAUGAUAAGGAGAGCACCAACCAGAAAGAGCUGCAUGAUAGGGCAGACCUUCUCAUGAUGCAAGCUGAAGAGGAAAAGUUUACAACUGAAAUGAACUUGAAUGAGAAGCAGUUUGUCAAAGAUUGGUCCAAAGUGUCUCCAAGUCAGAAAGAUCGUGGACGAAGUUCUAAUACAGAGACUUCAACUCGAAGUGGAAAUCCACCCAUCAGUAGCAACAACUCACUGUGCCUUGUUGUGGAGGGGCUUCUCCUACUGCUCCGCGACACUCUUCUUGUGCUCCCUGAUAACAUGGCUUCCCAAGUUCUGAAUCAUGUUGUUCAGGCUGAGACACUGUUAGUGAUGACCAACAACAGUGACGCUCGUGUGCGGUCAGCUGUUGUAAAGGUCCUAGGAGCAUUCCUGCAAAGAGCUACAGAAGAAGAGAUCAGUAAAUUUUCAAGAAUGAAAGGCUUCUACCAGCUGGCUAGUCAGCUUGGAUUGUAUCCUGCUACAUCCGACCUCAUAGAAAGCUGUGCUACUCUUGUAACUCAGCGCGGUGACACUAGCAUUGAGGAGCUUCUGGUGUCUCUAACGGAACAGCUUGACCUAGAUCAGCUAUCCAUGUCACCGCUGCAGCUGUCAGCGUUCCCUCCCCUUCUGGGGCUGCUGCCGCGUGCAAUCCAUGACGUAGCGCUCACCCACAACACCUUGGCCUUUGUCAAAGAAGUCCUGCAACAAGUGAGGGGGGCAAUGAAACCGUUGUUGGAGGCAGGUCUUUUGGAAGUGCUUCUCAAGAUGCUGGUGUUGGUUGCACAUCAACCUCCAGAACCUACAGACAUAGUGGGGACGUGCACUCAAGACUUGCUCAUUUCUGAUAUCAAUAUUUUCCUCCUGUCCAUCAUGUCACUUGCCUUAAGUACUCCAGGAAACCAAAGCAUCCAGAUACUUAAUGACAUUCAACUACAAUUGACAUUCCUACAUCAAUUGGAGUCCAGUAGUUGUGGAAAAGCAGCUCGCUGUGUCUCUGUUCUGCAGGAUGCCCACUGCACCAUUCUAGAUGGCACUUUGAGCUUGCUUAUUGAAAAGCUAUCGUCACAUCCAAAUCAAAUGAAAGGCCAGUCCCUCCUGUCUGCAAGUUACGAUGACAAGUUAGGCUGGACUAGGGCCCUGGAUUCAGGCCAUCUUCGUGUGCCUGUCAUGUCACUGUCUCUUUCUCAUCAUAGCUCUUUCAGCUCCCAAAGUGGGAGUCUUUUGCGUACUAAACCAUUGAAAGAUGUCUCUAGGUCAGAGUUGUAUGAACGAUUUAAGAUAGUUGUUGAAAAGGCUGUUGAAUUUUUCACUUAUUCUGAGCCUCGGGAUGAAUCUCUGGUAAUAUUCAGUGAAGUAGAACAAACAUUUGCUAGGCGCCUUUUUGCCACCCUACUUGAAGGCCUGUGCAGUGUUGUUGAUAGAAGGAGUGUGGACAGCAAGUCUCUGUGGAGUGGGGCAAUGUGGGCAGCAAGAGACACCUUAAGGGUGAGAAGUGCCCAACUGUUUGUAUGGUUGCUGACUCCUUGGCAGCCUUUAAAAAUGCGAAUGUUUACCAUUCACUCCUUGAGAUCAGAACCAAGAGCUAAGGAACUGAUUACAUCCAUGCUUCAUACUCGUGCCCCGGUGGAACAGAAGUUCACAGUUUGGCUUUGGGCUUUAAUGUAUGGGCAAGGGGUGCACCAAUUGCAGCCAGCAGACUUCCGUGCUUGUGAAGAACUCAAAGAACAGCUCCAACGCUGGGGUGUUCUUUCACCACAUGCGAUUGGUCAUUCCCAUGACAACUGGGAAGGGGAAGUCACUUUAUUGCUGCGGGAAGCUGAGAGGCAGCGACUUGCUUUUGUAGCUCACAGUCGUGAUGCCAUGGAAAAGAGUGUGCACAAGAUGGAACACUUGCACCGCACCUUGGUUGAUGGGGCAAUGACUGCAACUCGUAGUGUAGUGGAAGCUCAAAAUAGCGAGCGGAAAGUCUUCAUGGAGCAUAUUAAGGGCACUUUCAAUGAGAACGUACAGUUACGGCUAAAGUGGCAACAGUUAAUCCAGUUGCUGACUCAUGAGAGAGCUGUAUGGUUCUUCCCUGAAUCUUAUCCUAUGUCUUGGCAAUUGGAUGCAACUGAAGGGCCAGCCCGAGUAAGAAAACGACUUCAGCGAUGUCACUUGCACAUUAAGGAUAAAUUUCUACUACCCGAACACCAGGAAAAACUUGAGCAUGUAAGAACCCCUGCUCCUCUUCAGUACUUAUUUGAAAGAGAUCCUAAUGCAUCCUCUACCUCAACGUCAUCUGUGAUGAUUGAUCGUCUACACACAAACGAGAAGAUUCAGUUUAUGUGUGCUGCUCACAUUAUAACUCCCGCAUGUGAGAUCCCUGGAGAACUCUUGAUAGGAGAGAGCUCUUUGUAUUUUGUUGUGGAUGAUAGUGUUGAGUCUGGAAGACUGGACAUUUCUUCAACUGCUUGGCAAUUUGAAGAUGUGAAGGAAAUAAUAAACAGAAGAUUUCAGCUUCAAGAAAGGGCCCUUGAAAUUUUUCUACUAAAUGGAAGGACAUAUCUUGUAGCCUUCCAGACAGCAGAGGAAAGAGAUGCAUUUUUGCUAGAGCUUGCCCAAUGUGAACUUGUGAAUAGAAUGCAGGGAGAGAAUCUAUCUGAUGUUUUAGAAAUGUGGCGCGAGGGAACAAUAAGUGAUUGGGAAUAUCUCACUCAAUUGAACAAAAUGGCUGGUCGUUCUUACAAUGACUUGAUGCAAUAUCCAGUUUUUCCAUUUGUUCUUGCUGAUUAUACCUCUGCCAGUCUGGAUUUGAAUGAUGCAAAAUCGUUUCGUAACUUCAAAAAACCUAUGGCAAUACAAAACAAGUGCAAUGAACAACACUACAUUGAUACAUACAAUUAUGUGAAGCAAGAGCUUUCUGAGGGGCUGGACUUGGCUGGGAGACAUGAACCAUAUCACUAUGGAUCUCAUUAUUCCAACUCUGGAAUAGUUCUUCAUUUCCUUGUACGCCUCCCGCCUUUCACUGGCAUGUUUUUGCACUAUCAAGAUGACAACUUUGACCUACCAGACCGAACAUUCCAUUCUCUGCACACAACAUGGCGUCUUACUAGUUCAGACUCCACCACAGAUGUGAAAGAGAUGAUACCAGAGUUCUACUUCCUCCAAGAAUUUCUUGUCAAUUACGAAGGCUUUGAUUUUGGAGUUAGGCAAAGUGGAGAAAGGGUGGAUUCUGUGCAAUUACCACCAUAUUGCCUAAAUAAUCCACGCCUUUUUGUCUUAAUCCAUCGACAAGCUCUUGAAUCUGCCCAUGUAAGGGAAAAUAUCCCUCAUUGGAUUGAUCUUGUGUUUGGAUAUAAGCAGUCAGGAAAAGCUGCUGUUGACGCCAUCAAUGUUUUUCAUCCAGCUACGUACUGUGGGUUUGAUAUUUCAACUAUUAAAGAUCCACUCGAAAAGAUGGCAAGAGAGACAAUGGUGAAAACUUAUGGGCAGAUGCCUCGUCAGUUAUUUCGUUCUCUUCAUCCAAUGGCACAACAGUCUUUGACUUUGAAAGCUGUCAGUCACUCUGUGCCACCUGUUUUGCCCUCUGUCCAAGGCCUUUCAUGGGGAAGCUACGUGGGUUCUCCCGCCGAUCCCGAACCCGUUCUUGUGGCUAAGCACCAGCAUCACACUGUAGUCGCUGAUCUCAUUCCAUUACAUUCCAAUGAUGCAUUUGGACUGGGACCCCAUACCUCUAUUCUGCUAUGCUUUUCGAAAGAAAAAGCCCUGAGCUUAAUGAACAGCUCAGUUGUUCAAAAUGUUGCACUAGCAACAUGGGGGCAUGCCGAUUCCAUUGUUAGAAUCAAACUGAAGAAAGAGCAGCCACCAUGGCCUGUGGUCAGGGCACCAGAAUUGGAUCCGAUUUGCGUCUGUGCGAGUGUGCCAGACUGUCAUCAGCUGUGGAUGGGCCACCUUUCUGGGCGCUUGGUUGUGUACCGGUACAGCUUUGAAGCUGUCAGAGGCCAGCUGGACUUCAACAGUGACCCAAUCACACUUUUGGGUCACACCAGUGCAAUUCUCAAGAUACAUUUGAGUCGCAGUUUCAGUAUAGCUGUCAGUGCAAGUCAAGAUCAAACGGCUAUAAUCUGGGACCUAAACAGCUUAUCGUAUGUGCGAACAAUACAUUUAGGAUCAUCUGUCAGUUUAGUGAGUGUAAGUGAGACCCUAGGUGACAUUGUCACUGUAUGCCACAAAUCUCAACAAUUUGAAAUGUCCAACACAUUCCAUCAUUCUUACAACCCAUGGGAAGCCAAAGGACCUUCCUCUUCCUGUCCAGUAGAAGUCAAAGAGGAUAUUGUGUCGGACACAGAUUCUCCUUCUCCAGGAGUUCCUGAUGACUGGGAAGUUCUGCAUGAAGCUGAGACGGCGAAAGAAUCUGACUCAAGAGAAUCUCGCUCUUAUUCUUGGUCACUGAAAGGCCUACCGAAACUGGGUAUGAAGGGAAAGCAAGGCAAUGAACCAAUGAGCAACUCCAAGAAAAAUUUAAACAAGCCCCUGUUGCAGUCUGUCAAAGGAUCAUCCUUGUCCCUUCAUACUGUGAAUGCUGCUUUAGUUGGUACCGUGAAUAUCUCUGAACAAAUAACAGCUGUUUGUUUCUCUACUGCUCCAGAAGGUCUUUCAGUAAAUGUCAUUGCCACAGGAUUGUUCAAUGGUUCUAUUCGCCUAUGGAGCUCUUGGGAUUUAUCACCAGUGAGAGAAAUCAGUUCCCCUGGUCUAACUUAUCCAAUAAUAAGCCUGACCUACUCCCAAGACUCUCAACAUCUGUAUGCAUCUUCAUCAGAUGGUGUUGUUGCAAUCUGGGAAGGUGGUGGAAUCAAAGCAGCAAACAAAACUCCAAAGUUUUUCAACCUCACGUUUAUGUGAGCCUCUUUCACCUUUGGCUAGAGCAGCACACACCAAACAAUGGUGAUAGUUCUCCACUCAGAUGUUGUUGUGGAAGGCAAAGUCAAUGAGGAGCGUCUGUCAUUCCAAUUUUAAAAAAUUGAAAUGCAUUUCAAAGAAGCAUAACAACACUUUAUGGCAGCUUAUCUUAUAUUAUUGUCUACUGCAGUGUUACAUAUGUAGCAUAACACAUCAGUGUCAUAAGCCUGUAGAGUUAAUUUAUUUUAAGCUGUGUCUAUUGCCAGACAUUUCUUUUGCAUGUGCAUGAGAAGUGUGCAUAAGUCUGAUAGCAGUAGUGUCGAUUUUCACAUGCAAACUGUCCUCUAAAAAUCUCCUGAGGCAGGUCUUAUACAGUGCUUAGUUUGAGAAUUUUUAUAAAUUGAUGCUUUUUCUUUGCACUUAAAGUACUGUUGCUGUGACAUCCUUCAUGAUGUUAGCACCAUCUCCUGACCAAUUUUAAUUAAUUUGUAACUUCUACUUUUUUAUAGUCCUUUGCCAGUGAUAUUAGUUUCAUGUCAAUGAGAUCUUAGUAUUUUAUUCUUUUGAGCCAGUGUUUUAUUGAUACUACUAGUCAUGUGCUAAGAGAAUACUUUAAUGGUGAUGAACCAUAGUUUAUCAUUCUUUCCUUGUCGAAGUCAUGCAUAUUCUGAACUAUCGUGCCAAUUUUCAGAACCUGCUCUUUAUCAUUCUUCCUCUGUGCCAGAUUGUUUUGUGAUGUUGCAUUUCAUAUUUUAUACAAGUAUUACCAAGUUUGUCAAUGUUUUGUACUGUAUUUUUUUAUUGACAUAUUUUUGCAUCCUAGCUAUAUCAAAUUUGAGCUCCCCCCGCCCAUGUAUCUAUGAACAACUGUGUAAUGUGGUUCAUUUUAUACUGUAAAGAAAAAACUGUGAUUUCAUUUUCAUGGAUUAUUUAAUGUUAUGUUGUAUCAUUUAUAGGUGGAAGUGUACUUAUUUUAUUAAUACUAUGUUAAAUUUUAUACAUAAUAUAUCUACCUUCUGUUAAGAACUUAAAGCUUAUUGUGGUGGUUGCUUGUCUCUUUUUAAUAAAAUCAAUGAUAAA